AUGUCGGGCAGGUCGGUUCGAGCCGAGACCAGGAGCCGGGCCAAAGAUGAUAUCAAGAGGGUCAUGGCGGCUAUCGAGAAAGUGCGCAAAUGGGAGAAGAAGUGGGUGACUGUGGGUGACACAUCCCUGCGAAUCUACAAGUGGGUCCCUGUGACGGAGCCAAAGGUUGACGAUAAAAACAAGAACAAGAAAAAGGGCAAAGAUGAGAAGUGUGGCUCAGAGGUGACCACCCCGGAGAACAGCUCCUCCCCGGGAAUGAUGGACAUGCACGAUGAUAACAGCAACCAGAGCUCCAUUGCAGACGCCUCCCCCAUCAAACAGGAGAACAGCAGCAACUCCAGCCCCGCCCCUGAGCCCACCUCGGCCGCGCCCGGUGACGGCACCGAUGCCAAGGCGGAUGAGACCCAGGCCGACGGGAAGGAGCUCCCCGGGGCCGAAGAUGCUUCUGACGAGCAGAAUUCACAGUCUUCAAUGGAAAACUCGAUGAACAGUUCAGAGCAAGUAGAACGGCAGCCAUCUGGAGAUGUGGGUCUGGCCGCAGAGACAUCCACAAUCUCUCAGGUACCUCGGUCGAGGUCUCAGAGGGGCAGCCAGAUCGGCCAGGAGCCCGCAGGGGUGUCGGGGGACCUGGAAGGAGUGCCACCCUCCAAAAAGAUGAAACUGGAGGCGUCGCAACAAAACUCCGAGGAGAUGUAGACACCGAGUUCAGUCCUCUGAUCCACUUCUCACGGGAGAUGCAUCAGCAGGCCUAAUUCUAGAACAACCUCACCCGAGCGGAUCCCUGUUGGGUGCGAAGGGAACUACUAACUUUUCAAGUUUACCAAGUGCAAAUCCAAGAAAACCUAGAAUGGCGUAACUUCUCAGACACUGAAGAACUUCUUGCUGUGAAGCAAAACACUCGAAUCUUGAAGUGACUGUCCUGGGGAAGGCGGGGUCGACAGCUCAGGAGCGUCUGCACACUGUCUCUGAAGCCAAGAUUACAUUUGUGUUGCUGCUGUAUUUUUUUUUUUUUUUCCAUUUCUCUAUUUAAGGAUGUAAGCUAUCUGAGGGUGGUACCGAUCAGGAAUUCGCUUUUUCAUCGGGGCUUUUCACUGUUCAACUGAUUCCUUCCACUUUCUUUUUUUGUGCCUUGUGCCCUUGAGGUGACCUCUGGCAUGUUUUCCUGGUUGUUUUGCAUCUCCCCUUGCAAGUGCCCUCUUGGUUCAGUUCAGGCAGCCAUUGCCCCGGUCCUCACAUCUCUCUCCUCCCUGCCCCAGGACUUCAGCUGGAGCGGACCAGGCAGGGACAAGGAGAGCCCGAGGCUGCAGAAGAGCAGGACCUCCCCGGCAGCCUGACUUCCCGGUCCAGGGGGCUGAGGGACACACCCUGAGCCCCAGUGGGGGACAGCGCCAGCCUCCAGGGUCCGAGGAGUCUCCGAUGUCUGGGCACCGUCCCUAAGGGCUUCCGCAGAGCCCUUCGAUUGUCCUGGCACCUCCCCCUCUGCCGCCACCACACCGCGUCCUCCCGCACCUCCGAGGACGGACUGGCUUCUGCCGCUGACUGCAGGGUUGUCUCCUUAAGACGAUAAAGGGGCGGAGGAGGCUGGGAGCAGACGGGAGGAAUAGCUGGUGCUGAACUUUCUCUCAUAGGACGUUGCUUGGAUUUCAAAUCCACAGUCACCUGCUGCCCUCUGCUCGCCGCCCUCCCCCCCAGCUCCACCCGUCCCCACCUGCAGAGGAGGCGAGGUUGCAGUCGGCCAAAAUGCAAAAUCCGCUUGCUUCUACAUACCGUUCCGACUCCCAGAGCCAACAGUUGGAUCGUGUCUCAUUCCCGGAUGCGCCGACGCUCCCAGACGCUGCCACGGGGGAGCGGGCCUUGAGGGUUGGACCUCGAAGGCCAGAAACGAGGCACGGAGGACCUGGAGAGCUUUGCGCUCCUCCAGAAAGGGGCAGCCGGGUCCCUCCCCCGCCUCCAUCCCCUGCCUGCACUGGGACAGCUUCAUCUCACUAAAAUGGAGAUGCCCCCCCCCCCCUUGGACAAACUGCCUAAUUGUUGGGUUCUGAGGCCUGGUUUGCUCUUAAUUCCUACACGGACUCCUCAGACCUUAACCCUUUCCCUGAGCUUUCUUUACUGCACUGGAGUUCCAACUCCCUUUGAGUUGUAUGGCGGGGAGGGAGGGUUGGGGGUUUGUUGGUGGUUUUAUUCUUUUUUUCUGUUUGUUUGUUUUUGUUUUGGCUAAUUGGUGCAUAUUCAGGUACCACCUUGUUCCCAUGUGGAUCUCUCUCCUGACCACCGUGGAGAGUGUCUGCCAGAUUCCAUUUCUAAGAGUGUCUGAGGGUGAGGCUCUUGUUUGUUUUUUAAGGGAGCCAAUCUAUUUCCUGCACUUCAAGAAGAAUCAAAAUGUUCCUGAAUUUCAAAUACCUCAUGCAAAAAUGUCUCCUGAAACAAGGGAAGAAAAAAAAAAAAAACGAACUUUGAAAAUCUUAAUGUUGAAGUUAGCGAUGCCGAAAGGUUUCUGUCUUAAAAAAAAAAAAUCCUUAUCAAUUUUGCCCCUCAGGCAGGCAGUUCUGUGGAGAACUGUGUCCUGCGUUACCUCUCAGCGUAUCUCAAGGCGGCUUUACCUCCAGACCCUAUAGAGUUAGAGUUAACUUUUUCCUUUGCAGCAAAACUCCAUUUGGAUGAAAGAUGAAUUCGGAUAUUUAUUUCCUCUUCUUUUUUGGGAAACGAGAGGUUACAAGCAAGACAGCUGAAGGAGAAUCACACACGCAUCCGUGGAAACAGCAGGGUCCUCUCGACAGGCAAGGGGAGUGGACACGGUUAAGGAUGAACGAAGAGGACACCCAGGAUACGAGGCUGUCAUUAGUUUUUCUCUGAAGUGCCUGAAGGUAGGAAUGGGCCGGGGGUCGGGACCGACGGGGCCCCUCCACGGCCAUGCCAGGCAGAGCGCCAGCGGCCCUGCACUCCAUCCACGCCGGCCGGGAAGGCCUUCCACGCGGGAUGAUGAGACUGCAAAAAUCCAGACGUGCUUCCUUCCCCGACGCGGCUCGCUCCUCAGCCGCCGUUCCCCACCCCUCGCCCCCAGUCCCACCACAGAAUCUAAGACCUUUCAGCCGGCGAGCCAGAGGCGGGGGUCCUAAGCGAAUGCCUUCCGCGGACACCAGGCCCCGCGGCCUAAAGGGCUCCCGGGGCAAACUUACUCCCCGAAAAACUUGAAGUUGGGGAUGCUGCAGCUACACAUUCCACAAAGUGCUGGCACUUAGCCCCAUAACCCGAAGGCGGUAGACCGACUCAAAGGGUGGUGACCUCCCAUUACCAACGAUGUCAUGGUUUGGAAUGUUCAUUAUCAGCCAAGGACCUGCUUAGAGGUAUAAAGACCUUUUUUCACUGUUACCUAAUUUUUUUUUCCUUAAGAUUUUUUUUUUUGGUGUGUUGUACAGCAGUAUAAUUUUUCACUUAUUUAUUCCAUCAGUAGAUAUGGUUUGUACAAUGUACAAUGGUUCCAUUUCAGAAAAUAAAAACUCAAAUCAUGAA